GAAUGAGUAUAGAAAGUAAAAUUUCUCAUCUUUUAGAUGAGUUUAAUCUAAAUGACAAAAUUAUUGGUUUAGCAACAUUAAAUUUUAACAAUUUUUCUUUUGAGUAUCACUAUUGUGCUGCUCAUAUGAUUAAUUUGGCAGUUAUGCAAGGUAUAGAAAUUGCUAGCGGCACUUUGUAUAAUGGCAUGUCUAUUGAACUAGAAGCCCAUCUUGAUAUCGAUUCUGGUUACUAUCUGAUUGCAUUAGCUAUCUAUAAUAAGUUAAAGGAAUAUUGA